GGUAGUAAGCAGUGCACAUCGAAGCAUUAAACAAAACGCAGCUAUGUCUCCACUAACAGUCGUCUGUUUGGCAUUGAUCCUGGCCGUCGGGAUUUCCGCGGAUCACGAAAGUUACGAUAAUUGCGCCCGCAUCGGCGGCAAAUGCCUCACCAGAGCCGCCUGCGGUGAUGGUGCAUCCACGGACCAAUUCUGCCAAGACGGAUUAGAAUGUUGCAACAAAGUCCCAUACGAAUCAAGAUGCACAACGUUUGGAGGAGAAUGCGUAAAAGACUGUCCAAAAAGUAUUCUUCAUUUGGGCGCGAGAGCGAAGGAUUGCGCCGAGGGUCUCGACUGCUGCAUCUGGUUACAAUGAUCGCAUCUCACCAAAGUCCCUACUAACUAUUUACGUUUUGUUUUAUAACCGUUAUUCCAUUGUUAAAUUCUUCUGAAAACCUCUAUUCAAAUAAACAUGUAAAAAUCAAAGCUA